GAAUCGGCUCUCAAAAAAAAUCGGUAUUUCAGCAUCGAUCAUCCCCCCUUAAUGGUUCAGGGAGGCGCGAAAUGGACGGGCUGCCGGCUCACUGAAGAAGCCGGUUCGGAAGGCGCUGCUGGCUCGGAAAAGCGGCCCAAAGCUCGGACGCUGCGCUAGACACACAUCUAACCGAGAAACACUGAUUAGUUACAGUAGCGGCGGUGAACGGCCAGGGCCUGUAAGGGCUGUGGCGGCUGGUUAUCCGGCUCCCAGCCGCGCUGAGGUGACCGUUACGCGGCGGCUUGCACGUACAGCCACCCCGGCUCCGGCUUUCUCUCCCUCGGUUUUAAUCUGCUGCGCAAAUAGCAAUAAAACUGGAUUUUAUGACGGGAAGGUUCAAGUUUACAGACCGACGAACUGAAAAAGCUCAGGGUAAAUGGUUAAAAUGUCUAUAAACUGUCACCCGACAGCCUUGGCCUGUUAACCCCAUUUCGAUUCCUGAGCCCCUUAUCCAGUACAGGCCGCUUCCCAGUAGGGCUGCCCCUACAUCUUCUUUCCGGGCCAGUCCCGGAGGCCAUAACUGCUCUACACUUGUCUCGAGUAGCAAUAAAACUCACUGACACUUGACGAAGAGGAAAAAUGGACAAAUUGGACACCGGCCCGAAAAGCUGUGCAGUCAAGACAGACCUGAAUUUGUUGCUUGAUUGCCUCAAAUACCAGAUGAACUGUCCAGAUUUACAGAAGCAAGCUCUAUUCACCAUAUAUUCCAUCUGCCAACAAAAAGAGGAGGUUAUAAACUAUUUCCGGGAUAUUGGUGGGAUUCAGUUUGUUUACAACCUUUCGCAGUCCAGCAAACACACGGAGGUGCAGGAGGCAGCAAUCUUCUCCCUGGGAGCCAUGGCAGAGAGCAGCGUGUUCUGCCAGCAGGAUCUGUGCGUUGCUGGCAUUUUCUCAAACUUGACCCGUUCGCUUGUGCAGGACUUCCCACAGAGCCUGAAAAGGACAGUUGUGUAUCUAGUUUCAGUGCUGGUCACCAAAAGCAGAGCAGGCCAGAUGCUCGCAAAGGCCACAGGCUGCAUCGACGCCCUCCUGAAGAUCUUCAGCACGAGCUUUCCUGUUGGAGACGGCAUCGUGGGGGCAGCGAGUGCCACAGAGCUGUACCAGCUGUGGGCAGCGGUGUCAGGUGCCCUCUGCAGCUCUGUCAACAACCCACAGAAUGAAGAGAAUCAACAGCUGUGCACUUCCACCUUUCCAGCGGUUAAAAUGUGGCUGCAGGAGUUCACCCAACCGAGGAAGGAGAUGGCGCAGCCCAUAUGCUCCCUCAUAGCCAUGAUUGUUGCCAACAACUCCUGUGCCCAGGUCUGCUUCGCCUCUGUGGGGGGGCUGGAUGCGUUGGCCCGGUGUUUGCUACAGCUAGUGCCCGAGUCCAGGAGAAACCCCUCAGCCCGUGAAACAGCCGUCGCCAUGACGAGGGCGCUGUGCGCCUGCAUCAGCGAGAGCGCACUUCUGGCCUCCGCCUUGGCUCAGCAGCGGCUUGUCCCUCAGUUCCUGACCCUACUGUCCUGCCCCAGCCUGCAUCCCGCAGACCAACUCUGCAUCAUCCUCACGCUGGGCCACUGCACCCAGGCCAGUGAGGCCCACCAGUACCAGUUCGUGCAGAGCGGAGGGCUGUCCCACCUGAUAAAGCUGCUGGCUGAGUCCCAGGACGAGGAGCUGAAGAAGGGCGCCACCUUCGUGCUACAGACCUGCAGACUGAUGACCAAGGCCUUAUGCGCGGGCGGCAGGAACAGCCCCUCACAGGCUGACCCCCGUGACCUCGGUGACCCCGACGACCUCCAGCGGAACGUCUCGUCAGUCUGCGACCUGGAAAGUUACCAGAGGUCGGCACAAGAAAUGCUGCAAAGGAUCAAGCGCCUAGAGAGAGGGCUGGCUGGGGUCCUCUGGGACGGUGCUGUUGACGGGGAACGGGGCCCUGGAAAUUCCACAUUUAAAUGGCAUGCCCCGCCACAGUGGAGUGUAGAGACAGGCACAAGAAAGCGGCACCGAUCUUACCCUGUGCCUUCCCCCGUCAAAUUCUAUGAGAGCACCCCAUACCGGAAAGCGCAAGCACGGACGGAUGGGACCAGGAGGAAAUCUACUGAGAGUCUAGAAGGUCUGUUUGAGAGAGGGGAGCUGACUCCGAUCAGGCCCAUUGCCAUCCCACAGAAGGGUACAGGAAGCAGGAACGAUGGGGGAGCCGGGAACCCCAAGGAUAUAAGCUGUUCAGAAACCAGGGAUCAGGAUGAGGUUCAGACGAGUCGGGUGAGGAGGCAGAUCUUCCAGAGCACCGCUGAGCAGGGUGAAGCCACCUCCCCGCAGCAGAUCCCGACCAGUAGCCAGAGACCCGGAACCGGGUCCGGACCCCCGCGGCAGGUGCCUCGGCCUGUCGGUUCUGUUUCGGGGCUGUGGUACCAAGCUGCUGGUACUCAAGGCUCCACAGAACAGGGGGGUGUUCUCUGCUCCAUGUGUAGGGUCAGACUGGUUCCUGAGGGCCAACCCCAGUCUCUGUCUGCAGAGCCACGCGAGGAAGGCGUCUCCCCCCUCAAAGGCCCCAUGAGCCAAGCAGGUCCCGUCAAGGAAAUCCAGAGUAAACCACACAUCCAAGAUCACACGUCUUUGUGCUCUGAGACGCUUGAUGACAAAAUCAGCAUGAUACUAAAAACUCCAGCCAAACUGAACCAGCAGGUCUCCUAUCGCUGCUCAGGCUGUGCAGUGAGCUUCUCUCUGGCGAACAGUAGGAACAUCCCGCAGAUCCUCCGCGAUUGCCAGCACAAGUGUGACAGGCAUAUGGUCCUGCUGGAGGCUGAGGGCCGCUUCAAAAGGGCUAUCAGGGAGUUAGUCAGGAAAAAGCCUGGUGCUUUCAGGCACCCCGCACGUCCAAACCUGACACCGUUGAACAACUGGGGUUCUCCAAGGACACCUUGGAGGAGCACAGAUAUGCCAUGUAUAUCUCUGACUCCUCUUAAGGAACCUCAGAAUACUCAAGAUAAGCGGGUAAACCAGGAGCACUUGUCAUCCGGCAAGAAAGACUUGGAGCGAGAGUCUGGGAACACAUACCGGGUCCCAAGUGCUGAGUGUCCUCAACGUAGAGAGAGGAAGGACUUCACGGAGGAGGAAGUCCAGUACCUAAUGGAUGGAGUGAGGAGGCUAGGACCCUCUUGGAACUCCAUACUGUGGUCCUACCCCUUCCAGAAUGGGAGAACCAACGUGGAUUUGGCAAAAAAAUACCGUCGCUUGCAGAAUGCUCAACAGCUGGCUGUGGACACCUCACGUAACUAAGACUAGAACCAAAGCUUUAAUAACUGCAGUUGAAUGUGUAAUUAUUCAGUAGUUUUUUUUCUCUCAAAUAUGUUCAAGGCAAACCUAAUUUUUUGACUAUUAAGAGUAACAUACUGCAAAAAUUGCAUUUAAAAUGGUUGUGUUUGAAGUUCAGUGACCACUUGUUCAAAAAUAAACGUGAAAAAGGUUGUUCUUCGGUUCAACAGCUACACAAAUGCA